AUGGAAAGCCAAGCUGAGCCAGAAAAAAACAUUAGUUACACAAAGCUUGCAUUCUUCUUCUUUAUGCUGAGAACGGUGAUGAUAGGCCUUGCUUUAAUAGGGGGUCCUUACUUUUCACUCCGCAGGCAAACAAGAACAUUCAAAGUAUUUGUGAUAUUCCUGGACAUAACAAACAUACUGCAAUUCAUAUUCCUGUGUGACAUAAUCUACCGAAAGAUCUUGUUCCAAUACUUACUGUACAUUCCUGUCCUUGCAUAUACUUUGACCAUUACAACUACAUUAUUGAUUAAUGCAGAACGUACAGACAAGGUUUAUUUUGAAGAACAGGGGAGGAACAAGAAAUUAGCACUUUCAUACAUCUAUGUAUACAUAGGGAUCAUUAUUGGAGAAUUCCUUCUCCUCCCGAUUAUAUACAGAAGGCUUAAAAGCGAUUUUAUGUGGGCAAACUUCAAGAAAGUUGGAGCUGAUCCAGACAUUAACAAUGCAUUUAAGAGAAGAGAACAAUUUAACGCAAUCAGGAGGUUCAUGGUGAUAUUCUUGUGUGGAGAAGUGGCAAGUUUUAAUGUAAGCAUCAGAGAUCAUAAGGAUCUUUAUUUUUUUAUAACAGGGACACAGAUCUUUGUACUUCUUCUGUCAAGUAUCUUUUUGAAUGAGGAAUAUGCAUUCCAGAGAAAGUUUCUUCUUGUAGUUUCUGGUGUCUGUACCCUGGCUAGUGUGGCAUAUAUAACAACUUACAUUUCUCUAUCUUCUUCAGAUAAAGGACAUAUAAGAAAGGUCUAUCCCAGAGGUAAUGUUCUAUGCAAUUACAAUGUUCAUCUUUUUCAUCGGAGCACUGAGAGAUUAUCAAACGUUCGGCAAGGGACUGAAAAACUACUACUUUGGGGCUCUUAG